CAACCAACAGGAGUGCUACCUGUUGCCGUUGGUGAAAAAAGCUGGUUGUUUUCGUAUGUUGUUCAAAACAUUGUAGUGAAAUAUGAUUUUAUUAGAAUCGUGCAGUGUACCUAGUAAUUAAUUUUGUAAUGCUCCGGAAAAAAUCACUUGGGAAAAUUCGUACAAAAAGUGGAUUUUAGCUUAUAGAAAAUGAGACUAACAAGGAGCAUGAUAAACCAGGCGACAGCAUACGUGUCAAUACUGUUGAUUUAUUGUGUGCUUUUCUCGACGGCUCUUUCGUGCGACUCUUGCGGGAAAGAAUGCACAUCAGCCUGCGGUACACGUCAUUUCCGUACUUGCUGCUUCAACUAUCUGCGAAAACGAAGUCCAUUGCCUCCGCUGGCGACACAGCCACCACCACCUUCACCACUGUCUUCGCUUUCGCCGCAUAAAUUUAACUUGGAAAUGUGGCUGGAAAAAGCCCGCCUGGAACAAGCCGGCCACCGAGGCCAUCACCGACCACUUGAUAAUCUUCAAGAACUAUUUAUCCAGCGGAUGCUUCCUGGGCGAGUAACCGAUGCCGAGAUCGAUUACGAGACAGCAAAGGACGAUAUGAUAGCCAGACGGAGUGUGGCUAAUGCUAAACAGAAUUCGUUUGUGGAUAGCAGUCACAGUAACCGGGUCGAUGAUAACGGACAUCCGCUGCUUGAUGGCGACCCUGAUGGUCAAGAAUCCGAACAGAGAACAAGUGAAGAGUCUGAACCUGCCGCAGCAAGACUGCAACUACUGUACGAUAGCUAAAUUCAAUCUCAUCAUCAAUAUGAUCAACCGCUGGAAAACAUUAACAAAUAGGACUCUCAUGUUUGCAUCCAACUUGAUCAUUGCGGUUCGCUCCAUUGGCUGGGUUGAGCCAGGCGUGAUGAUCAUGUUGCAGACGAUUUGACUUGAUUCAUGAUUCGAAGGCGCUUGCUAGUAUUUCACAGAAAAAUAUCCAAAUGUAAGAGAAACGGCAAAUAGCAGAAAAUUACAACAAAAUUUUACCAACAGACUGCACUAACUCAUGUUAUUAUGUACAACCAAAUUGUGUAACGUUAGUUAUUUGUUCGAUAUAAAUAUUAUAUACAAUAGACAUACGCUGUAAAAAUGUGUUGAGUAUAUUUGAGUGGAGUUUCUGCGAUGGAAUUUA